AUGGAGAGACAGGCAGCAGCGCUGAGCCAGUGUCUUGACCAGAAGGCGCUCGUCUUCAUGACGGCGGCACGCAACAGCAGCGAGGCGUACUGGGACGCGGCGCAGAGCGACAACAUGCGCUUCCACUUCCACCCCGCCGCCAUCGUGUACGCGCAGAGCGCUGGCGACGUCCAGGCAGCUGUUGCCUGUGGCGCCCAGUACGGCGUCGCUGUUGCUGCACGCAGCGGCGGGCACAGCUUCGUGGGGCACGGCAGCGGGGGACAGGACGGCAGCCUGGUCGUCGAUGUCGGGCAGCUGGCCGACGUGCGUCUCGAGGGCGACGUGGCGCACGUCGAGCCAGGCGCACGUCUCGGCGACGUCGUCAAGGCGCUCUGGGCACAGGGCCGCCGCGCCAUGCCGCACGGCACAUGUCCGCCCGUCGGCGUCGGCGGCCACGCCCUCUGCGGCGGCUUCGGCCCCACGUCGCGCCGCUGGGGCAUGACGGCCGACAACAUCGUCGCCGCCGACGUCGUGCUGGCCAACAGCACCCUCGUGCGCGCCUCGGCCACCGAGAAUGCCGAGCUGUGGUGGGCGCUGCGCGGCGCAGGCGCCUACUUUGGCAUCGUCACGCGCUUCGAGUUCUCUACGUACGACGCCAGUCCGCCCGGCGUGUUCAUCGAGUACCGUUGGUCGCCGUCGCUACGCUCGCCGGCGGACCUGACGCGCCUCGUCGAGGCCGUGCAGGACUUUGCUCUCGAUGCACGUCUGCCGCCCGAGCUCGGCUUCCACCUGCAGUUCCAGGCGCCGACGCCCAACGACCCGCGCGGCGGCGUCGUCUCGGUGCACCUGCGCGGCAUCUACGGCGGUGCGCUGGGCGCCUACACGCCGCAGUGGGAGCGUCUGCUGGCGGCGCUGCGCUCGCGCAACGCCCCGCCGCCCGACGUGCGCACCGAGCGCGAGAUGUCCUUCCUCGCGCUGAUGGAGGAGUGGGACGACUUCGGACAGGCCGGCAACAAGCUCGACACGCAGGCCGAGCGGCUGGCGCACAACAACUUCGUCUCGCGCACGUCGCUCUCGCUGGGCCAGCAGGCACUCUCGCGCAACGCGCUCAACCCCGUCUUUGAGACGAUCUGGCGGCGCGCCUCGCAGCAUCGCGAGCAGCUGGGCCAGGGCUGGAUGUGGAACGUCUACAUGGAGAUGUUCGGCGGCGGCGCCGGCAAUGCACGGCACGCGGCGCCCGACAUGGUGGCGCAGAGCGCCCUGCCGCACCGCGACGGCACCUGGCUGGUGCAGAGCACCGUCGGCACGGCGGGCACGCAGCACCUGGGCGGCGCGGCGCGCGAGACGCUUGACGAGCUCGAUGCCGUCUUCCAGCAGGCGCUGCGCUCCGACGGCAUCGGGCGCGCCGGCUUUGCCUGCUACGCCGAGGCGACGCUGCCGGCGGACCAGUGGCGCUCGCUCUACUACGGCGACAAUGCGCCACGCCUCGAACGCCUCAAGCGCCAGCUGGACGCCGGCAAUGUCUUCCGCAACCCGCAGAGCAUGCUCGUCGAUGGCGCGCAGCCCGCCAAGGCUGCGGACAUCUACAUAGCGCAUCCACUGCCAUGA